GGAAUCAUGAAAUAUGGACGGCUGUGGUUGUGCUUUUGAUAAUAAUGGUCGUGCUUUAGCACAUUUAACCCCAGACGGUCGCCUGAAAAUAUGGGACUGCACUGCUGGAUCAUUAAAGCAUGAAUUUACUCCACCAUCGCACCUUUCUUCGUCUUGUAGUUGCCUCAAAUGGAGUCGAACUUCGAGAUCUGUGAAAUUUACUGGUCAUGCAUCUCCAGUAACACAUCUCCAGUUCAUCCCAAGUAACUUGUCACAUGAUUCAAAUGCAAAUCAUAUUCCAAAUAAUGGUAUCAGUGGCCAGUACUUUAUUUCGGGAGCAGAGCAGGAUAGAUUAAUGAACAUAUGGUAUGUCAACUUGGACUCACAGGAUAAAAAUGCAUUAGUCUCACUUUCAAUCACAGAUGAGCCAAUAGCAGUGGAUGUUAUACGACAAAGUAACAGAAACAAGCCGAUUCACAUUGCUAUUGCCUCAAAAGAUGCUCAGCUACAUAUUUUUGAAUAUUCACUUAAUGGUGGUGGUAAGAGGCCAUUGAGGCCCAAAAGGACUAUUCAACUAACAUCUUCAGAAAAAAAGGAUGGAACUCAACCUCCUAUACCUGUACUGUGUGUGCGCUUGUUGUCUGAAGGAGAACCUGAAGCAUUGAUUGCUUAUGGAUCAACGCUCAAACCACAGUUUGAGACUCUGGCUUAUUCAACAAUGGAGGAACACACUCAUCUUGUAAGAGAGAGCUCUUCAAAUCUUCUUCUUAAUGAUGGUGCUCAUGAACCUUUUCAAAUUGACAAAGGGAAGGCACCAUCUUCAGAAGUGACAACUUUAGGUCCUGGAAACAUGGCACGGGCAACUCCUGCCAUGGUGUUGGAUGAGGGAAGGAGCAAGUUGAAGCGAAAAGCUGAACAUGAAAAAAAGGAAUCUCUUGAAGAACAGAGUAUUGAGGACAGACUAAAGGCAAUCAAUGCUGAAGCUGCUGAGACAUCAAGGAAAAGAGGAAGUGACCGCCCCACGGCUGAUUCAUUGGCCCAGAUGCUCAUACAAGCUCUUCAUAGUCAAGAUAACUCUCUAAUGGAGACUGUGUUAUGGCAUGGCAGUGUUAAUAAAUCAAUCAUGAAAAAUACAGUCAGAAGACUUCCAGUGAAUCUCGCAGUUCCAUUCUUGAGAGAGCUUGUUCACAAAAUUCAAGCCGCACCAGGAAGGGGGGAAGGCUUGGUGUUGUGGAUCAAACAUAUUUUAAGUACACAUAUGGCAUAUCUUAUGACGGUGGACUCUCAAAGUCAAAACAAUCAAGAGGAAGAGGAGCAUGUUGAACCCACUGUUGUGUAUCAAGAGGAAGAUUCAGAUGAGGAACCGCUUGUACCUAUUGAGGUUGAACACUCGGAGUCUGAUGAAAAUUGGGAUGAAAAUGAAGAAGAAAAUGACACGGAAGAGGAAAGUGACAAUGAAAAUGAGAUCGAAGUGGAAAAUGAAUCUGACGACGAUGAAUCUGACGGUUGAAUGAACAAAAUCAUGCAAACAGAUCACGUUGUAAUUAGGUUUUAACGAAUAAAUAAUUGUUCAUAUUUGAAA